UGUCAGAGAUCAGUGGAGUGCUGCAUGGCAUGGAGUGUUGCAUCAUUAAACAGCAUUUCAUUCAGAGGUGUGGAUAAACAAGCUGUCCUUUAUAGAGGCACACAGAGCUUUCAGUUGUUUGCCAGUAAUGCUUAUACCUCAUAUGUUCGAGUUAAUUGUAUAAAAGCUUGUUGCAUGAGUCCUAAUGAUUACUAUAUUAAAGCUAUUAUUACACAAUACCACACUUAGCAAAUGUUUUGCUAGGAUCUGAUUACUAUGGCUAUCUAUACAGACGAUACAUGUAGUGGAAUCUAACCGUAUCCCAUUUAAACCAACAUAACUUAUGACAAACACACCUUGCACCAAAACACUUCUAGAUGUAUCAUUAAAUUCCAUUUGGCUUUUGUGGUUCCACUGAAUUAAAAGUGUGUAAGAUGGAAGGCCUGUAUGAUGAUGAGGAGUGGGAUGAAGAUGAAGCAACACAAUACAUGAUUGAGCAGAGUCUGUUGGAAUAUAGCAUGUGCAGAGAUGAAACUCCAAGUGAUCCUACACUAGAAUACAUUGAUCAUGAAGAAAUUUUUACAGCCAUAUGUGCAGGAAAUGAGGAUGCCUUGCAGAUGCUUGUGAAGCACAAGGCAGCCAUGUCCAUGGCAGACAAAAGGGGAUGGAUCCCUCUACAUCAAGCAGCAGUACAGCAGAAAAAGAGCAUUUUGGAGAUCACUUUUUCAGCAUCUCCUCGGGGGUCGAGUGAGUCCCGCACGCUGAAAGGAGAGACUCCUCUGUUUCUUGCCGUUGUGAAUGGUCUCAGAGAGAAUGCUACAUUCCUGCUCCAGAAUGGCUGCAACCCUGACUGUCAGAAUGAGGAUGAGGACUCUGCAUUAGUUGCAGCUAUAAAGAAUAAUCAAUACGACUUGGCCUCUCUUCUUCUACGUUAUAAUGCUACAGUGGACCAAAAAGGCAGCCUCCAGAGAACUGCUCUGCAUGAAGCAUCUCUGUUGGGCCUAGAGGACUGUGUGUACCAGCUUCUCCAGGCUGGUGCCAACCCAGAUGCCUGUGAUGCCACUGAACAUACACCUUUAGGACUCGCAGCCCAAGCUGGGCAUUUGAAUGUUGUGGAAAUCCUACUACAGAAAGGGGCCAGCAUACGGUCAAAGCUUCACUCUGUAGAGUCUGUAUCAGUGCUGUUUGAGGCAGCAGCAUCUGGAAACCCUGAUAUAAUCUCGCUGCUUUUGGAGUACGGAGCUGACCCCAACACUCCCACACACACAGGCCAUCUGCCCAUUCACCAUGCUGCUUAUCGAGGCCAUCUGCUAGCACUGGAACAGCUGAUCCCAGUGACUACAAAAGAGGCCAUUAAGGAGAGUGGCAUGAGCCCAUUACAUUCAGCCGCUGCAGGUGGACACACUCAAUGUCUUGAGCUGCUCUUGAAUGCUGGGUUUGACCCCAACUUCAUGCUCCAUCCGCGGGUGCGCAGAAACUACGAGGAUGAGCGCAGAUCAGCACUUUUUUUUGCUGUGUCAAACAGCGACGUGCAGUCAACGAGAUUACUGCUGAAGGCUGGUGCUAUGUCAAACCAGGACCCUGUUAAAUGUCUGCAAGUAGCCAUGCACCUGGGCAACUACGAAUUGAUCAACACGCUGCUGCGCUAUGGCGCGAAUGUGAACUACUACUCGCGUGUAAAUACGACACACUUCCCCUCGGCCCUGCAAUAUGCACUGAAAGACGAGGUGAUGCUCCGGAUGCUGCUAAACCAUGGCUAUGAUGUACAGCGCUGUUUUGACUGUCCCUAUGGCCAGGGAUCUCACGUCCCUGUGGACUACGAGGGCUGGAGCGUCUCUGUGAUAAGAGAUGUAGUGUUCUGUGAAGUGAUAACAGUGUCCUGGCUCAAAGACUUUACAGGCCAGGUGGUAAGAAUCUUGCUGGAUUAUGUCGACCAUGUCAGCUUCUGCUCCAAACUGAAGAGCAUCCUGGCAGAACAGAAACAGUGGCCAGAAAUAUGCAAGAUUCAAGAAAACACUCGAAGCCUGAAGCAUUUAUGCCGUCUUAAGAUCCGUGAGUGCCUUGGUCGUCUGCGCCUUCGGGCUCCAGUUUUUAUCAGCUUUUUACCUCUGCCAAACACUCUGAAGGACUAUAUCCGGUUCAAAGAGUAUGAUAUUUACAGCAAAGGAAGCAUGGCAGAACUUGAAUAAUACAGAAAAAUUUCAUGUUCAUUGUCUUUAGUUAGUUUUUUUUUUU